UCUCUUCGCUACUAAAAUCGAGUUAGUCACGUCACAGGCAGGAUCACUGAUUUACCACAGAACAAUCUAGAGAUUUGCUUUGCUGGCUCAUUCUAGCCGCCAUGAAAUGUGGGCAUCAGCAUCUACGCCCUUCUUUGUACAGAUGAUUUGGAAAUCUACACAAUUUCAGGCGUGCGCACACGUCACACAGGUUACCCGGAAAAACACAAAUCGAGGAAGGAUAUAUCAAAUGUCAUUCAUAUGCUUCAAUAUUUCUGGAGCCGUGGAAUUGGUCCACACGAGAAGACAAUGAGAUGCCUCAACCACCUUUGCGGCUCAUUGGCAAACAUGAAUUAUCGUUAUAUGAUGGAGAAGAGGACAGCAAGGGGCUAUACCUGGCCAUACUGGGACAGGUUUUUGAUGUAAGCAAGGGGCGAAAGCACUACGGACCCGGUGGUGGCUACCAUUGCUUUGCUGGCAAAGAUGGAUCUCUUGCCUUUGUCACCGGGGAUUUCACAGACAUCGGGCUGACAGAUGACCUAUCCAGCCUGUCCCCCACUCAGGUGGUGGCACUGUAUGACUGGCUUGCUUUCUAUCAGAAGGACUAUCAGCCAAUGGGCAGGCUGGUUGGUCGGUUCUACACUGAGGGUGGGCAGCCCACAGAGGCCUUAAAGGCAGUGGAGGCAUCCCUGGCAGAGGGGCAGAGACUCAAAGCCCAGGACCUGGCUGAGAACCAACACUUCCCAGCUUGCAACUCAGAGUGGAGUGCUGCUAGUGAAGGAAGGGUCUGGUGCUCCAGGAAGAGUGGUGGAGUUCACAGAGAAUGGGUGGGAGUCCCACGGCUGCUUUUCUCUCCUGGCUCCAGCCGUUCUCGCUGUGUGUGUGUAGAAAAGCCCUCCACGACAGGAAACCCAAACCUCCGAGAGUACCAGGGUUGCCCCCCUGAAGCUGAGUCAUGUCCUGCUGGAGGCUAGUCUGAUCUGGGCCUGGAGGCUAGUCUGAUCUGGGCCUGGAGGCUAGUCUGAUCUGGGCCUGGAGGCUAGUCUGAUCUGGGCCUGGAGGCUAGUCUGAUCUGGGCCUGGAGGCUAGUCUGAUCUGGGCCUGGAGGCUAGUCUGAUCUGGGCCUGGAGGCUAGUCUGAUCUGGGCCUGGACACUAGGACUAUUCACAGGACCUCAAUGUAAAAAUGAUUGAACCUGAAGUCAGGUGAAAUUCUUCAAACGCAAAAUGAUCAGAUUUUCUUCCUUCCUUUGGAUCUACGUGCCAUGUCAUAAUGUAGUCAGCGAUUGUGAGAAAUACUUGAAAAUCAACUAGACUUUGUAUGCACUAAUACCUGCUAGGAUGUCAGGAUCUGCUUUUAUAACAUUCUAAAGUACAAUACAUUUUAUUGUCUAAAUGGAAAUAAAACAAUCCUUUUUUUAUGAUGA